AUCGAUAAUCGAGUUUUCUACUCGUGUACCCGGUUACAGUCAGCCGUAAAUAUUUCGAAUUCAAAUAUACCUUUAUCGGUUUUGUUCGUAUAAUUAAAAUUUUUUUGUAACUUUCGCUGUAAAAAACAUUAAGUUAGCUUGUGGUACCCAAAACUAUAAAAACAAAUUUGGCAUCAAAUCUGCUUUGUUUUUGUUUACAAGUUGCUCGUUUCAUUUCAAUUUCGUGUCUGCUUUACAAAUCGUUGGUUUUUGUUUAAAAAUUUCACGUAGUCUUUUUCAGAUUACAAAGAUUUUAAAGGUAAACAUUUCAUAUUUUUUUCUCAUUUCCUUAAAUGACGUAAGACUAGUGCAAUUUGUGCGUAGCUUAAUAGUAUUCCGUUUUUUCAUAAGAAAUGGCUGCAAUAUCAGCAUUGACACCUGAAACAAGUAAUGCUUCUUUCGACUCUAAUAAUACAGAUGACGUAUAUUCAUUAAUGAACGAAGCAGGCAUUCAACUGUGUGACGAAAAUCAAGAUGAUGAUGAUGAAAUAAUUGCCCAGCCGGCAAAAAGCAAUAAAAGUGUUAUUUGGGAUCAUUUUACGCAAUGCCCAGACUUCCAAUACAAAGCCAUUUGCAACUAUUGUAAAAAGCCUCAAGACCGAUCAGGUGGCUCAACAUCGAAUAUGAUUAAGCAAUUGGAAAAUAUUCACAAAAUUGCUUCAGGCUGCCGAAAACGACCUCAUCCACCGUCACAGAAAGCUAAAGAGCUUCGCCCAACGACUGAGGUUUCGCAGAAAAUCGAUCGAUUAUUAACUGAAUGGAUUUGUGCUGAUUUUCAAGCUUUUGAAGUUGUUGAAAAGGAAUUUUUCAAGAGAUUUGUCAGUGUUCUAAACGACAAAUAUAAGUUGCCGUCAAGAAAAACACUAGUGCGACUAGUGCCACUAGUGCGACUAGUGCCAGAACUAGAAGCAACAAUUGGAGUUGAAGCAAAAGAAGUUCUCAGUAAGGCAACUGAUGUUGUUAUUUCCAGUGAUGGCUGGUCUUCAAAAGGAACUGAAAAUUUUUUAGAUCUUACUGGGCACUUCAUUUUGCAAGAUAAAUUUAAAUCAAUCUCGCUUGGUGUUGCCAAGCUAGUUGAUCAAACGGCUGUCGGACAUGCAAAUUCGAUAACGAAGUUGUUAUCUAAACACCAAGGUUUAUCAAGAAAAGUGCACACGAUGGUAUCCGAUAAUGCUGAGGUAAUGAAAUGCACAGCUCGAAUUUUGAAGCUAUUCUGGUUUGGUUGCUAUCCACACACGCUUAAUUUGGUCGUGAAAGAUGCACUUAAAUUGCCAUAG